AUGACCACUUUAAACAACAAAAUCCCUACGGUGACACUUACUGAUGACGAUGAUGAUGUGCAACCGCAUUUGAGAAGUCUUGGAGCAGCUGAAAGACAACGUUUACGCCAAGAAGCUCUACGCAAAUUUGUUCCAGGUGAACCAUGUGUUGUUUGUGGCGAUGUUGCGUCCGGCAUUCACUACGGAGUCUCGUCGUGCAAUGGCUGCAAGACAUUUUUCCGCCGAGUCGUCAUUGAGAACCGCACCUACUCUUGCAAAAACAAUGGCGAUUGUGUGAUCGAUAAGAGUAUGCGAUGCUCGUGCAGGCAUUGUCGAUUCAAAAAAUGUUUACGAGUUGGAAUGGAUCGAUCGGAGUUGAACGUGGAGCGCCGACGAAAGCGAAAAACCCGGGACAUGGGAAUGGGAGUCGAGGGGCACAAGGAUCCACAAUGGUCCGACCCGCUAAUCGAUCUGCUUUACAAGAAAGAAGUUUGCUACGAGGCUCUGCUCACAUCUACCGUCUCCCCUCUACACUCGUCGCUAAAAGAUGCCCUCUUGAGUCCAAAGGCUUUCGCGCAACCGUUGACGCUGUACACCUCGCAUCCACUUCCCGUUGGCGAGCAACGGAAUUUCUCGUUUUGGCGCGCGAAAAUCUUGUCGCUUUUGGUGGAAUGGGCGAAAUCGUUUGAGGUAUUCAGCAAGCUUGGCCUCGAAGAUCAGAUGCGUUUAAUUGUGCACACGAUUUUCUCGAAUCUUGUGCUCGCCGAGGCUUUUCACACACCCGAAAAGUACACCGAUCGAAUCGUUUUCCCGGAUGGGUUGAGUGGUUACCGUAACCUCACCUCUGGAGUGUUGAAGGAGCGCUCAGGGUUAAUUCCAACAGUCGUCGCAGUCAUCAACAAUAUUCUUGUGCCAAUUCGACGAAUGAAAAUGACAAAGACUGAAUAUCUGAUAUUGCAAGCGAUCAUCUUUUAUGAUCCAGAAUGUCUCAGCCUCUCCGAACAAGCUCAGCAAUUGAUCUCAGCGAAACGUCGACGCCUUCUCACGUCCCUCCGAAUGCAUUUAGACAUGAAAAUGGGAGAUCCCAUUGAAAGCGCGAAAAGAUUCGCCGAGGUUUUGCUGAGAAUCUCGAAUGUACAGAAAGUUGCCGCAUUCAAACGCGAAACCCUAUGCACGAUUGAAACUUUCAAUUUGAUGACCCCUCACCCGUUCACAAUGGAAAUUUCAAAAGCCUAUCCCGAUGUUAGCUUUUUC